AUGGUGCCGACAACGAGAUGGAAGUUCUUGAUGAUAUCACCUCUCGCGCGCUUUGACUUGCCAGUGAUCGUCUUCUUCAAGCGGCAUCGCAUGGAUCCAUAUACAUACGCUUGGUGCCAGGACACACCGACAUCCCUGGCAACGAACAGGCCGAUCAACUGGCGAAAGCAGCGUCUUCACUCCCUGAGCCCGAAGGUGCUUGCCCAACGCUGGCCUACUUGCGAAGGAUCGCUGCCCACCAGAGCUGUCGCUCCCGCGUGCAGUCUUACACCACUUGCUGACAGCGAGAUCCCUCCACGGGGACUUCGCCGCGUAUCACGAGAGGUUCAACCACGACACAGCACGCCUAGUCUACUCAUGCAGCCGACGCAAAGCACCGGACCACAUCUUCUACUGCAGAAAGGCACCGCCGCUCCACCGGUUAAGGCUAGCUCCCUCACCGAAUAUAGCGGUCAAUUUAGCAGUAGGAAAGGACUACACCAAGUUCAUCGACCUGUCCAAGGACUGCGCGUUCUUUGGAAAGAUAUGCCCUCGCUAUCAGGCAACGAAGGCGAGAGAAACACUCGCAACUCUCUCUUCCUCUUCAUCUUCCACGUGUUCAUUUUGUUACCUUAUUUGCUUUCUCUUACGUAUGCUCACGGCCAGACGCUGGGCGUAGCAGCGCCCUCCGUCUGGCCGGGACUACCUUGA